AAAGCGGCUUUCUCUUCUCAAACCUCUCUAAUUUAUUGUCUGUUAAAUUUGCCUAUUGCGGCAGACAAGUAUAACUUAUCCAUAAUAAUAAUCGGAAUCUGAAGUUGGUCGUGAUGGGUAACGUGUUGGACUCAUUCUUCACCGGGUUCUCUAAUUCUAUCGGAAACUUCUUUGGUUCUCCACUUGACUUUCUAUCUGGAAAAUCUUGCAGUUCGGUUUGUCCAUCACCGUGGGAUCUCAUAUGCUACAUUGAGAAUUUCUGCGUGGCAAAUCUUGCCAAAACCGCAUUAAUCUUAAUCGUAUCCUACUUUUUUCUAUUCUUCAUCUACAUGCUAUACAAAGUUGGGUUUUGGCAUUGUAUCAUCCACGGUUUCUGCGGAUUCCUAUGGGUUUUGGUCUCUUGUUGGUUCUACAUUCUUAGCUAUUGCUGUAGUUUCUUCUGCUAUGAUCUCUUGCACUCUAAACGUAGAAGAAGACGCAGACACCACAGAUAUAUAGAGAAUGACUGUGGUGAUAAUAGUGAUACUGAUGAUGUUGAUGAUGAUGAUGAUGAAGGGUCGUUCACGUACCAUAGAUCGAGGCGAGGAUGCAGAAAAGAAGAACGUCUUAGAAAGUCUCUGAGACCGAGGAGCCAUCGUGUUAGAGUUGGUGUGAGGAAAGACCAUCGUUCUGACUUGGGUUUGAGCCAACAUGCUGAUGGAGGGGAUCCGGUUCAUGGUGUUAGAGUGAGCAGAGAGUCUAAGUUCGCACGGAAGGGUUCAAAACGCAGAACUCGAGUUCACCAUGGUCCUCGCAGAGCCUGA